AAACAAAAAAUAAGGCUGCGCCUAACGAGAUUUUUUCUAACAAAUCUAAUCUCUUUCAGACAAAUCAGAUUAUUUUUGACGAUAUUUUUUUGCUCAAAAACCAUUAAAUUCCACACAUUCUUGCUAUUUUCGGUCAUACUUAAAGAAAUCUUGCACAAUAAAGUGUCUAAAUUGUUUCCUCUCAACUGAUAGCAAUCUAACUAUUGUCUGCUCUAAAAAACUUACAAACAUCAUCAUUUUCGGAAUUGUCCUCGAAAAGAUCAAGAUUGCAACCAAAUGACUGACAAACGUCGCAAAAAAUGUCAAAAUAGGAACAAUCACGUGUCCAUCUAAAUUCCAAGUAUGUAAAACUCAGAAAUGUUUUGUCCCAUGCUAAAAAACCCCUGCGCCCCUCCACCAACCUCCCCCAAGUGCCCACCCCCCAAAACGCACUACUUCUUCGUCGAACGAACACCAACUGAGGCCCCCAAAAAACGCUCAAACUCGCACCCCCGAAGUGCCAGCAAGUCGUCAAACGGCAGCAGAAAAUGUUGCGCCUGCGGCUCCAAAAACGCAUCGUCCGAUUCAAAAAUAAUCAAAAAUAAGAGCAACAACAAACGGAGUGCCACUCCGGCAAGAAAUAACAAUAAGGAAAGUAAUAAUAAUAAUAAAGGGAGCAAAAUCGACCCUGACAGUGUCAAGCAAUUAAAACAAGACCUGAAAACUAUCAAGGAUCAGUUGACGAUUUUGACCCAAAAUCGGGACGAAGCUUUAAACCUGACAAACGAAUUGGAAGUUCGCUACAAAAGUUUGCUCGAAAAAAGCCAACGACAGGAGCGUGAAAUUGAAGAACUGACUCAGAAAAAUGUGACUUUGGAGUCGAAAUGCCAAAGUUUGGGCAAAUCGCAGAGCAAGUCGGAUUUAAACGAACUGAACGCUCUUUUCAGAGAACUAGUCGAUAAGUCAAAAAUCAUGGAAGAAAGCAAAAACAAAGUGUGCCGUUGUAUCAAAGAAAAAAGUCACGAGUACCAAGAAAUGGCCAACUCGACCAAAGAACUAUCCAAAGUGAUAGCAGAAAGAGACGCAAAAUACGCCACCUUGAUGAAAAACUACCAAAAAACGCGCGAAAACGAGACCAAACUGAAGGAGUUUAACCAGAGAUUGGUUAAAACGGUGGAAGAGCUUGAAAGUCAGUUACACCAAGCUAUGAUGGAGAUUGAAGCCUCGCACCAGGAGGCUUCUGCCCUUGCACAAAAAUACCAACACGAACUGAACGAAACAAGUAAAACUUUCACCGAAGAAAUGCAACAGAAAGCGAAAGAAAUGGCCGAUUUGAAUUCGGUUAUUUUGGAACUUAAAACGAGAGUUUCGCAGACUGCGGGAAUGGAAACUAAGUUUGUGCAGUUGUUACAGCAAUACAAAAGUGUGAAUGAGAAAUUGAAGUCGGCACAGGAUUUGUGCCAAUGCAGUGACAGAACUGACGAACUAGAAAUGCAGAAGAAGAAAGAGAAGAACCUGGUCUGCGAACUAGUCGAUUUGAGGCAAACCGUUGCAGAUUUGUCGCGCUGUAAGUGUGACGACGGUGCAAAUUUGGCCGAUUUGCGCGGUACAAACGACGAAAAAGAGAAGAUUAUUCAGUACCAAAGGGCCGAACUGGCGUCAAAAGACAAACAAAUCGACCUAUUAUUGAAGAAUGAAGACCGAAUGAAGAACAAAUUGGUGCAACUGCAGGAAAAACUAGUCGAGAUGAAGAUGUCGACAAAUAAUCAUCAUCAAAGCAAAGUGUUGUGUGGUGACGUUUGUUCGGCAAAUCUGACGCAAGAACUUCAAGAGAUAAUUACGGCUCUGUACGAGGAAAUCGAGAAGGGUUUGUCGAAGGAUGAGCAAAUUUUGUCGCAAAAUCGCGAAAUUUGCAACUUGCAGUGCACCCUUAAUACGAAAGAAAAAGCAUUGAUUUAUGCUUGUAAUCAGCUAAAAAUACUUCGAGACCAAUUUCAGGCGACCUUAAAUGAAAAACGGACAUUGGCUGAGCAGUUACAGGACGUGACGGUGGAGAGCACCUUCGAGGACUCCAGCGACCCAAAUGCCGAAGAAUGUAGUUGUGCUAGUUGUUGAUUUGUUUAAUAAAGUUUCAAACGUCAA